AAGAUCUUGACUGAGAGCCGAGCAUCUUUCUUUUCAAAAGCUGGCAAAGGUUUUAUGUCUUUUGGUACUUACUAAUGAACUCCUCUAUUCCGCACAGAAAGAGAUUUAUAUUGAGACUCCGGCCUUUUAGAUGGCUUGCUUGUAACUGUAACUCCUUAUCUGUCAGUGGAAUUAUUCAUUUGUUUUGGAUUUAAAAGGAUCUGAAAGAUCUGAAUUGUAAUCUUUUCUGUUGCUGUUUCCUAAUUUUUAAAUUUGCUGGAAUCCAUAUUCUAACACUAUAGUUAAACUUUAAAUCAUUGCGUUGUUAUUUCUCUAAAUCCAGUCUUUGUUUACACAUAUUUAUUUAUCAGUUAUUUUCAUUUUUACUGUGAACUUAUAAACCAUUGAUGUUGUCCAAAACCACAGCCUUGAUUUUUGUUCUUAGUUUUGUUGGGUGUGUACCUCAUACACAUAAAAACAAAGAGGGUAAUAAAGAAACUGUUGAACAUGGAUCGUAUGUUCCCCGCGACAGUGGUCAUUAUAAAGAGGGAAAACAUGACCAUGAAUUCGAUCAUGAAGCCGUGUUGGGGAGUCAUAAUGUAGCAGAAGAAUAUGAUCAUUUGCCUCCUGAGGAAGCCAAAAAACGGUUGUUUUCUUUGGCUUUGAAAAUGGAUGCCGAUGGAGAUAAAUAUGUCGAUAAAAAGGAACUGGUGAAUUGGGUUUUAAAAUCUUUUAAAAUGUUAACUGAAGAAGAAGCAUUAGAUGAGCUGGAAGAUGAAGAUGGAAAUGAGGAUGGGAAAGUAUCUUGGGAAGAACAUGUUGCUGAAACCUAUGGCAUGUAUGAUGAUGAUAUUGCUUUAAAUCAAGCAAGAGAUUCACCUGAAGAACUAGAAAUGCUGGAAAAUGAUAGAGAACUCUUUAAAGCAGCUGACCUCAAUGGAGAUAGGAAUUUAGAUAAAUCUGAGUACUCUGCUUUUUCUCACCCAGAAGAGUUUGAACGCAUGCAUCAGGUAGUAUAUGAACAGGCUAUGAGAAAGCGAGAUAAGAAUAAAGAUGGUUUUUUGAGCUUUGAAGAAUUUAUCGCUGACAACCAUGGCACUGCACCAGUUCCUACUACAGAACACUAUACUAUAGAAAAGGACAGAUUUAUUAAUGAAUUUGAUUUGAAUGGCGACAAGAAGUUGAGCAGAGAAGAAGUUUUGUUAUGGCUGAUUCCAAAUAAUGUUGAAACUGCAGAAAACGAGGCAGAUCAUUUGAUAGAAAGCUCAGAUUCAGAUAAGGAUGGGAAGCUUUCCAUACAAGAAAUUGUGGAUCACCAUGAAAUCUUUGUUGGUAGUGAAGCUACUGAAUUUGGUGAACAGCUACAACACCCUCAUAAAUAUAUUGAUGAACUCUGAGCUGUAAAGAACAUAGUAUUUUUUAUUUUUUUAUAUGUGCAUCAAUUAUAGAUAUGUUUCUCUGUGUGUAUUUUUAUGCAUUUAUAGAUAUAUUUUUUUUUUUUUGGCAUUUAUGAACUUUUAAAAGUAUUUUCUUAAUUGUGUGCUAAGAAUAUUUCUUGAAUAAAAAUUGAAGGAUCAGUAUUUCUAAUGAUAUAUUUUAAUGCUAUGCUUAGUUUUUUUAAUUGCAUAAUUUUUUAUUCAUUAUUUUGCUAUCAAGUAUUAUUUAGAUCUUAUUUAUAUUUUAACUUUUGACUUACAAAAGUAAUAAAAUUAGAUUGUGAAAUAAAUAGAUAUAACACUAAUUAUAAAGCAAAAUGAAUUUCAAAUGGAAAUUUAUUAUAAUUCAAACAGUAAAGAUUAUUAAAAAAUUGAGUUCAACUGCCCCCCCCCUUAAUUUGGGAUUUUUUUUAAAUAUAUUUUUCCUCAAAAUUGUGUUGAAUGUUAAUGUAACCAAGGAAGAGUAAUAUCUCAUAUACAACUUGUCUUUGCUUGGAUACACGUUUAUAAAACAAAAUCGUUUUGAAAGUAACAAAAAUUCUUUUCUGAAUUAAAUUGUAUUUACAAUAAUAUCUGGAUAUAUUUCAUCUCAUUUAAUAAAUUUAUAUUAAACUUCUUUUGCACAUUAAAGUAGUUUGUAAAAUGUAUCUUUUCACACACUGUUGCUGCCUUUUGACUGUUUCUUAAAAAGGGUUAUAUUUUUUGAGAAAUUCAUUUCGUCAUGUUUCAUGGUCUAAAUAUUUGUUAUAAAUUUAUGUAAUUUAAGUAAAUAGCAGUGAUUUUACUGAAUUUAUAUACUUUGAUUUUCAUUGAAUUUUGCUGCUUUUUUCCGAUGUCCUAAAGUAAAUUUUCUUUAAUGUGUGAUUCAGUUGUGCAUAUCUGUAUUAAGUCAUAGUCAAUAUAUACAUUUACUUUGUGCCAAAUUUUUUUAAAAAUAUGAAACUCAUUUUGGUGGUAAUGUACAAUUCAUAUAUGCAUUAAAAAAAUUCAUGUAUGUAUUAUAGAACACUCACAAUGCAUAGUUAGAAACAUUAUUUAUAGAAAAGUUAAUAUGCUUCCAGCAUUUCUUGGUAAUUGGACAUGUUUCUAUUCAUGUGAUUUGAAGAUUUAAUUUGUUGCAAUUUCAUAAAAUCAAGAACAAAAUACUAUUACUUAAAAUAGAUGUGAAUAAAUGCUAGUGGAAUAUUCUUGUUAUCACAUUUAUCUCACUUUGCUUACGUGCAUUUAUUUAUUUCUUAAUGGAUUGAAAUUGCUAUUAAGAUGUGCUAACUCAUUUUGCCUACAUAUUCUGUGAAUGAAUAGUUCCAUAAUUGUUUUGGAGAUUCGAUGAAAUAUAUUAAAUAUUGACAUGAAAAUUACUUUUUAAAAAUGAAUAAGAAAGAUCAUUGAUUAUUCUUUGUCUGUUUUGUAAUAUUAAUAAUCGGUUUUUUGUUAUUGUUAACAAUUAUGUUUCUUUAUUUAGAUUUUUUAAAAUUAAUUAUAGAAUAUUUUUAUUCUAUUUUUUUUAAAAUUUGCAGUCUAAUAUAUGUCCAUUUAGAGUGAAAUUAAUCAGUUUCCUGUUUCGCACAGUUGAUUGUUGUUUUUCGAAUAAUAUUUCAUUUCACAUGAAAGUAAUAAAUUUGUCAACAUUUUUUUAUUGAAUUGAAUUAUUUUUAAAUGUACCUUGUCAUUUUUUAAAAUUUUCGGAACUUUUCUUUGUUUAAUAUGUAAUCAAAGAUAAAAAAUAGAAAAUAUCAGAAAAAAAUCACAUCAUUUUUGAACAAGUGGCAUGCUUAAUAUUGUUUAUUAAAUAUUAGAAUGUUAAACCAAUCAAUCAAAUAGCAUUGUAUGCUAUCUCUCUGUUGCCAUGUAUCAAAAUGAUUUAACUGUAGUUGAAAAUUAAGUGAUCUGUAAAUGUAAUAUUAAUACUCAUAAUCUGUUCGGUUAUUGUGAUUGAUCAAAAAUGAGCAUUUGCAGAAAUUUAAGAUGAUGAAUAUCAUAAUUAUAAGUAAUUAUGAUUUCACCAUACUGUCUUUUUUUUAUUUUAUGCAUUAUUUAUAAUAU